AUGUGUUUAUUCUUCUCCAUCAAGAAACUUCAACUUAUUUAUGUCGACUAUGGCAUCCAUUUUAGGCAGAAGAUUUUCUGCCCCACCAGGAAAAAGAACUGUCUCGAUAAUAUUUUUAGCAAUAUUGACACCCAUGGCGAAUACGCAGGUAUUAUUGAAACAUCUUUUUCUGAUCACGAUGCACAGGUGUUCUGUACUGGUCCCCGUCAGAAGAGAGCUGAACCGACUCUUAGAAAAGUCCGACCCCUCACCUUAGAGGGAUACAACUUGAUCCACAGAUUAGUAUCGGAUCAGUCGUGGGAUUUCGUCGACGAGGAUGGGCUGGCCGUCGAUGAAUGUUUCCGUAGAUUUCACCAAAUUGUCGUUGACAGUUUUCUUGAAUCAUUUCCUGAGAAGACUGUUAAGGUUUCGAGUCCAGUUAUGAGGCGCGGCUGGUUCACUCAGGAACUCCGAGACAUGAGAGAAAACCUCAUCCUAUUAACAGCCAUGUACGAACGAUAUCGAUCUAGUGAUCUGAUCGCAGCUAGAAACCAGCUCCGAGCUAGGUAUAGGAAAGCCAUAAAAACCGCAAUAAUCAAUUAUUUCGAUAAAAUUAUAAAUAAAUCUGGUAAUAAAUCCAAAACCGCUUGGCGUUUGGUAGGCGACCACCUUGGAAGGAACAGCGGGGACGGAUUAGUGAGUGUAGAUCCAAAUAGGUUUAAUAAACACUUUUCAAAGUACGCCGAGACAGUUCUAGAAAACGUGCCUCCGUCGAGGACGCCUUUCCAUGAUUCAUUUUUGAAAGAAAUCCCACCAAGAACGCACUUCAGCUUCAAAGAGGUCGGCCAUAACAUCGUGAGAGAUAUUGUGGCGAAUAUGAGGAACAGCAGGUCGGCGGACUUUUACGGACUCUCUGUGGAUGUUGUGAAAAAAAACAUCAAUCCACUAAUUUCUCCUUUAACCAAACUGAUCAAUAGGUGCCUCACAUCUGGCACUUUCCCCGCCUGUUUGAAGAUCUCCAAAGUCAUACCAGUCCACAAAAAAGGCGACAAAUAUGAUCUAAAUAAUUAUCGCCCGAUUUCCUUAGUGCCGAUAUUUUCUAAGAUUCUAGAAAAGGUUGUAUCGAAUCAGAUCGUUGAAUUUCUUGAGGAAAACUGUUUAUUGACAUCAUGCCAGUACGGGUUCAGGAAGGGCAAAAGCACCACCGAUGCCAUUCUGCAGCUCAUAAGGGGCGCUAUGGACUGCUUCGAAAAUAAAAAAUAUUAUCAGGCGUCAUUCAUCGACUUAACGAAGGCCUUUGACUGCGUCACUUGUGACAGGCUCCUAUACAAGUUAAAAAGAUACGGUUUCGAUGAGGCGGCUCUGAGCCUGGUCCGGUCAUUCCUUAGUGUAAGAUCACAGGUUGUGUCAGUUGGGGGUGAGUUGUCUGGUGUGGAACCCAUCGAGACUGGGGUGGUCCAGGGUUCGACGCUGGGACCUAUCCUUUUUAUCAUCGAUGUAAACGACUUCCCUGACUUCAUGACUGAUGCCGAACCGAUUAUAUUCGUUGAUGAUACCACCCUUACAAACGAAUCCUCGGACUUACAUUCCCUUGAGGAUUUGUCUAAAGCUGCACUGUCGAGGGCAUCGGAUUGGUUUGCAUCAAACGGCCUCUGUGUGAAUGAGGGAAAGACGCAGGAACUCGUUUUCAGCCUGAGAGAUAUGAGUAGCCUGCCCACAGCGAACACCUCUGUUAAAUUUCUUGGAGUGUACCUGGAUGCGUCUCUUACGUGGGCAGUCCAAAUUGAUAGUUUGGCUUCUAGACUCAGCAGCAAUAUAUUUGCUCUGAGGGUACUUUCGAGCUCGUUGUCAACCGGAGUGCUUAAGACUGCCUAUUUUGCCUUGGUAGAAACACACCUUAGGUAUGGAGUCCUAGUAUGGGGUAAUUGCGCCCAGGCUGGGAUCAUUUUUGGACUACAGAGACGAGCGAUGAGAGUUUUGGGCGGGCUGGGAUACCGUGACUGCUAUACUCAUGAACAUGACACCAGAAACAGACUCAAUAUUAGGAAGGAGUACGUUAGACUGAGCAGAUCCCAGCGCGGUCCGGACUUCAGCGCUGCUACAUUAUUCAACAAGCUUCCUGUUGGGGUCAGGGGCCUGCCGACCAGGAUAUUCAAGGAUAAAAUUAAAAAAUUUUUGUUGUCGCAUGUCCUUUACUCGGUGGACGAGUUCAAAGGCAUGAGAAUCUCUGAGACCGACUUUCAUUGA